AUGCAGAAGGCACAAAAAAUUGAAAAUCUUCUGAAAAAAAAAUUUUUCAUAUCACAAUCCAGCAAUAUUUACGGUGGUGUGGCUGGUUUUUUUGAUUAUGGACCGCUAGGCUGCUCACUACGUAACAAUAUUGUAAACUACUGGCGCAGUGUAUUUACAAACGAGCCAAAUAUAUACGAGGUAGACUCUUCCGUAAUUCUACCUGAAGCUGUGCUCAAGGCGAGUGGACAUGUUGAUAAGUUUUGUGACACUCUGAUAUUCGACGAGGUAAAUGGCGAGUGUUUCCGGGCUGACCACUAUCUGAGGGAUAAAGUAGACGAAGAAACAGGUGAGCGACUGGAUGUCAUGUCCUUGGAAGAGAUCAAUGAAACUAUUGCCAAAUUUGAUGUAAAAAGCCCGAGCGGCAACAAGCUUGGAAACGCUACGCACUUCAACUUGAUGUUUAAGACUUUCAUAGGACCAAAGUCUCAGAAUUUGGGGUAUCUCAGGCCCGAAACAGCACAGGGACAAUUUUUAAACUACAAGAAAGUAUACGAAUUGAACAAUGAGAAAUUUCCGUUUGGGACCUUCUCGAUCGGAAAGGUAUUCAGGAAUGAGAUCAGUCCACGUGGUGGACUUUUGCGUGUUCGAGAGUUCGAGCAGGCAGAGCUAGAAUUUUUUGUGCAUUCCGAUGAGAAGACACACGCAAAGUACGAUAGGGUCAAAGAUGUCGAGUUGACUCUACAUUUUGGAUCAGAAGUGCAAGAAACAAAGCGAAUGCGAUUGUGUGAUGCCAUCGAUAACAACAUUAUCAAAAAUCGAUGCAUAGGAUAUUUUGUGGGGCUGACACACAAUUUCUUGAAGGCCGUUGGUUUCGUAGAUUUCAGAUUCAGACAGCACAAGAGGGAUGAAAUGGCACACUAUGCAUGCGAUUGUUGGGAUGCCGAGAUCUUGACCACAUAUGGGUAUAUUGAAUGUGUAGGGAUAGCGGAUCGUUCGUGUUAUGACUUGAGCAUGCAUUCGAAAUGCUCGGGUGCAAGUUUGGUUGCACAAAAAAGAUUAGAUAGGCCCAGACAAGAAGUGAAGCUUGAACCAAUGUGUGACAUGAAAGAGUGGGGAAAAACUUUUAAGGAUAAACUACCUCUUCUCCUGGAGAAAAUAAAAAACCUGAAGGUUGAAGAGAAUAAUCUUGUCAAGGAGAUGGAAUUUGAUGGACAGAUGAUUAGUCUGGAGUACAAGAGAACUGAGCACACGGUGCAUGUUGAAGAUUUUGUGCCGUCAGUAAUUGAGCCAAGUUUUGGUAUAGGAAGGAUCUUUUACUCUCUUAUUGAGCAGGUAUACUGGGAGAGAAAAGAUGACGAACAAAGACAUGUUCUCUCAUUAUCACCGGUUGUGGCACCCUAUCAGGUAGGUUUGACCAGCCUACGAAUAGGAGACUAUAAGAAACAGCUCAAUGAUAUUUUUGAGCAGCUAAAACUGAGGAAUAUACGUGUGUUUAUGAAUGAGCGUAACGUGUCGAUUGGAAGGAGAUAUGCAAGUUCUGAUGAGAUUGGCGUACCAUACUUCAUUACUUUUGACAAUGAAAGUGUCAGAGAUGAAAUGGUGACGAUAAGGGAGCGAGAUAGUAUGGACCAGGUGAGAGUUUUAACUGAAAAAGUUGUCGAGGUGAUCGAUGGUCUAGUGAGAGGCAGUAUUGACUUUGACAAGAUCAAUAAAUAGUUAUUUCAGGUAUUCAGAAAACCAUACGUGCAUUUUUAUGGCGCUAUGCGUAUUUUAUGGUUUGAGAAGAUUAAAUUUUACAUCCACAGUAUUUUGUUGUGAUUGCGUGUUGUACAGAUAGUUAAAGCCAUCAGGUAUUUGAUAGUAAAGUAAUU